AUGCCUUAUGGGUCAAGCUGUUGGAAAUACGUUAUCUCAUCCAAUGACGAGUCAUAUUUAUGUGAUUUCCUUGGUAUGGAAAUGGGGUGUCAUGUGAGAGAAUAUGGCUAUAUAAGACCAAACGUAUUUACCCCUGUUACCAUGUAUCUUGUGUAUCUUGUUAACGCAAGCGUGGAAAUUCAUCUUUACAGUACAUCUAUACUAUCCCUGUAUCACUCGGUGUUAUCCUGUUUCCAGCCAAAACUGGGCGUUGGUUAAGGUUAGGCUAGGCGGUGCUUGGAGUCUGAAAUCGGCCCUUCAAUGCUUUCCGACUAUCAUAGUAACCCAGGAGUGGAUUUUAGGUGUCUACAACUACCGUAUGCAGUCGAGGGCUCUUCUGAAAAGGUUGGGAUGGUGGUCAAACAGACUCAGUAGCAUUCUAUUGGACGCCUGCACUACGUCCGGUCUUGGCAGGAAACCGGAUAACACCAAAUAAUACGGUACUGCGUUCAACUAUCAGUGCCGGCUUAGAAACCUAAGGGGUAGCCUAAGAGACUACAAUAUUUUCAAGGGUUUACAGGAUUGUGCAAUUGUAGUGGAUUGUGAAGGAUGCCGUGUUCGUAUGGUGCGUGUCAUUCAAAACGUGCACCUGUAACAUAAUCUCUAAAAAUUCUAGGGCCUCUACAACUACCAAUCAAAUUUAGAAGUAAAAACCUAGGCAAUAAUCAUGAGAAUUGUUCCUAGGGUUUUUUCCCUUCUAACGUAGCUUGGCAGUUUUGGAGCCAAUAGUAUUGAAAGGUUAUGUUACAGGGGCAAAUUUUGAACACGCACCAUAUUAUGGCGGGUAUCGGGAGGGAGGAGAAGUUACCAGUUUAAUUCACCCACUCUAUUCUUGUUUCCUUAAGAUUAAAUCCAAUUGACAAUUUACAUCGUCCCUAUACC